AUGUACCCCUUUUCCAGGGAUGAGAAUGAGUUCAUCAUUAGCAUCACCGAGAAAGUCAAGAAAGUGAUCCGGAUUUUAGAGGAGCAACAGGAUGCUCCUUUAUUCAUAUCAGAAAAGUUGAAUUUGGUGGACACUGAUGCAAAGUCUGAUGCAAAUCCAGAAGAAGCUGAUGAUGAUGAGAGUGUCCGAGGUGAGGCAACGAUGCAUAUAAAAUCAAGAAAGGACCAUGAUGGUCCGAAUCCGAGAAAGGAUGACAAUUUCCUUGGUGAAGCAAACUCUGAUGCAAUCCCUAAAGCCACGAUGAGCUUCUCACUGAAGGAGGACAGUUUUGAGAGCGUGUUCGUUACUUCCAUUGUCGAGGAGGUCAAUAAAGCUCUUAGCAAGAUUUCGUUUCAAGAAGUACAAAAUCCAGAAACUACUGGUGUUCGCGGAGGAAGAGGAGAUAAACCUGAAACAUUUCCCAACAAGGACCCGCUUUUUGGUAUGGAACAACGUAUGGAGAAAUUGGAACAGAAGUUACAGUUUUAUUCUGACGAAACUCGAAUUAUCGGAGUUGUUGGGAUGCCUGGCAUUGGCAAAACAACUCUCGCAUUGAUGCUGCACGAAAAGUGGAACUGCAAGUUCGUACGUUGUGUGCCUCUUCUAAAUAUCCGCAAGAAGUCGAAUGACUAUGGACCAGCGUGGCUGCGAACGACACUCUUAAAACUAUUACUCGGCGGGGAGGUUCCAAUCAUAAAUGACGAGACAACACAUGAAUCCGUGACGAACGAAUUGCUUGAGACCAAGGUUUUUGUUGUUCUCGAUGACGUGAGUGACGAGAAACAGUUUGAGUUUCUUCUUGGUGAUCUCAAGUGGCUUAAGAAGGGAAGCAAAAUUGUUAUUACAACGUGUGACAAAUCGUUGCUGGAGGGAUUGGCUCAUGAUAUUUAUUUGGUUCCACAGAUGGACAAUAAAGAAGCCUUUCAACUCUUUAGCUACCAUGCGCUUGAUGAUCAGGAUCACUCUCGUCCUCCGAGGAAACUGUUGACUCGGUCCAGAAUAUCCGUGAAUAAGGCUGGAGGAAACCCACUAGCUCUCAAGCUAAUGGGUAGCAAAUUUCGUGGGAAAGACAAGUCUCACUCGGAUCAUAAACCUAAAAGACAAACACAAUGUUCCACAACGAAUGUCCUGAAUGCCUGGAAAUUCUAUAUUGAUCGACUCAGUGAACAGCAAAAAGAUGUGUUUCUCGACAUUGUGUGGCUUUUCAAAUCAGAAGAUGAGUACUUUGUUUGGAGUAUACUUGAUUCAGGAGAUCAUGACUCUACUGAUCCUGGGGCUGUGAGUGAAGUAAGGGAUCUUGUUAACAAGUCCCUAAUUACAAUCUCCGACAGCCGAGUAGAGAUGAAUUAUCUUGUGUACAUGUCCGUGAAAAAAUGGGUGUCUUCGCUCCUAAUAGUUAAAACAAAGAGCAAGGAACCUUAUAACACUAGGGACAGAGGCAUUUUCUUAGACAUGUCAAAAGUAAGGAAGUGCAUUGCCUUGAAACCGAGCACCUUCACCAGUAUGUCCAAUCUCCGAUACCUCAAGAUAUAUGAUUCUUAUUGUCAUCAACAAUGCAAACCUGAGUGCAAAUUAAACUUCCCGCAUGGGCUUGAGUUCCCUUUAAAAGAGGUUCGAUAUCUCCACUGGAUAAACUUUCAGCUGGAGGAACUUUCUUCAGAUUUCAUGCCAGAUAAUCUUGUUGACCUUAGACUUCCUUACAGCAAUAUUAAACGUGUGUGGGAAGGAGUUAAGGAUACAUCAAAGUUGAAGUGGGUGGAUCUAAGUCACUCGUGUAAGUUGCUUAACAUAGCAGGAUUGUCAAAUGCUACAAAUAUCCAGAGAUUGAAUCUGGAAGGCUGCGCGGUUUUGGAUGAGUUGCCAUCGGAGAUUCAAAAUAUGAACUCUCUUGUUUUCCUCAAUCUGAGAGGAUGCACAGGUCUUUCGUCUCUGCCAGAAAUAAAUUUGACCUCACUUAAAUUUCUCAUCCUCAGCGACUGCUCAAAUCUCAAGGAGUUUCAGCUAGUUUCCGAAAGUGUAGAAUUUCUACAUUUAGACGGUACUGCAAUUAGCAAACUUCCUCCUUCUGUCAAGAACCUUCAAAGACUUGUCUUGUUAAAUUUGAAAAACUGCAAAUCGUUGGAGUGUAUUCCCAACUGUCUCAGCAAGCUGAAAAAUCUUGAAGAGCUGAUACUUUCUGGUUGUUCUAGGCUUAAGAACCUUCCAGAUGUCAAGCAUAGCAUGAAACAUAUCCAGAUUUUACGUCUUGAUACGAUAGGAGCAGAAGAGAUGCCAGACAUAUCAAGUUUCAUUGAAGGCCAAGCUUCUAGGCCAUAUUGCAAUCCGAGCGAAUGGCCACAUGGUGUUAAUGAAGUUUCUUCACUAGGACGUCUAUGUUUGAGCGGGAAUGAUUUCAUCAGCCUGCAAGCUGACAUCAGUAAGCUUUAUAAUCUGAGAUGGCUAGACGUGAAGCAAUGCAAGAAGCUGAGAUCUAUUCCAAUGCUUCCACCAAGACUUCAGUAUUUUGAUGCUCAUGGGUGUGAUUCCCUGGAAAGAGUGUCAAAUCCUCUAGCUCUUCAAGUGCUAACAGAGCAUAACCAAGCCACUUCUCCAACUGCAAAAAACUUGAUCUACACGCAACUAAUAGUAUCACUUCCUAUACUCGGUGGAAAAGCCAGUUACUACUAAAUUCACACUCUCGAUAUGAUGGGGGUGCUGGCUUCGAAAUUCUGAUUGGUACUUGCUUUCCUGGAUAGAAAGUACCGACAUGGUUCAGUUACUGAGCAUCUGGAUCAGUGUUAAAGAAAAAUCUGCAUUCGCAUUGGUGCGACAAAAAGUUUACCGGCAUAGCUCUCUGCGCUGUUAUCUUAUUUCCUGGAAACCAUGAUCAUCUCGUAGUGAAAUGUAACUGUGAGUUCACGAAUGAAGUCGGAUCACAUAUCCGCUUUAUUUUCACCGUUGGAGGUUGGAGCGAACCCGAAAACACACCGAUGACGGUUGAGUCGUCUCAUGUCUUUAUUGGUUAUAACAGUCUAAUAGAUCAUGGUGUUGGAAAAAAAAUGAAGAGGGAUGUAGUUGGACUGAAGCUUCGCUAGAGUUUCAAGUAACAUAUGGUACUAAUGAGGUAGUAGGUUGCGAGGUGCUGAACUGUGGCUUUCGUUUGGUAUAUGCAUCUGAUGAAAAGAAUUAUGUAACUCCAGAGAACGUUGAGAAACCUAAAAUGGUUUCUUCCGUUGGAGUUGAACUACGACUCAAGGAACUGGAAAAGGUGUUAUACUCUACGCCUGGAGAAACUUGUAUAAUUGGAAUUAUCGGGGAGCCUGGUAUUGGAAAAACAAAUCUUGCAGACACUUUGUUUAAAAGGCGUGGGUGUAAGUUCCCAUGUAGCUUGUUCUUCAGGAUGUCGAAAUAGCACGAACCAGAUAGGUUGAGAAGGAUGUUCUUGGUAGAGCUGCUAAAGAACAUAUAUCAAACCAUAAGCGAUGAGACAACACACGAAGAUGUGAAGGAUAACUUACUACAAGCUAAAUCUUUUGUUCUCUUCGAUGGCGUGAGUGAAAAGAAGCAAUUAGAGUUUCUCCUUGGCAACCUAAGCCGGGUUAAGAAGGGAAGCAAGAUUAUAAUUACUGCUCAUGACAUGUCAUUUCUCGAGGGAUUUGCUCAUAAUACUUACAUGGUUCCGAAAUUUGAAACAAGAGACGCCUUUCAACUAUUUUGUUAUUAUGCCUUCAACGAUCAGCGAUAUAAUCUGACAAAGACCAUCCUCAAUUCUUCCAGAAUAUUUUUGGAUAAUGCUGGAGGCAACUCACAAGCUCUCAAGUUAAUGGCUGAUGAACUUCCUGGGAAAGGUGAGACUCACUGGGAAUAGAAAAUGCAAACAUUGACACAUUCCAAUACAAAGAUUCAAGAGCUCGAGAGAUUAUUUACUGGUCAACUUAAUCAGCAACACAAAGAUGUAUGCUAGACAUUAUAUGGUUUUUCAAAUCAGAGGAUUAUUUUGAUAGGAGUCUACUGGAUUCAGGAGAUUUAUACUCUAUUAGCGAAGUCAGAGAUCUCGCUGAUAGAUUCUUGAUUGAAAUCUCUAAAGGCCGAGUAGAGAGGAAUGAUCUAGGGUAUACAUUUGAUAUUGAUCUUGGUUCUCCUGGGCGGUAUAGGCUAUUGAACUACGAAGAUAUCACUGAAAAGCUGAAGAACAUGGGAAGAAUGGAGGCUAAUGAUGUGAGAGGCAUUUUCCUAGAUCUCUCUGAAGUAACAAAGAGCAUUGUGUUGGAACGUAUGACCUUCACAAAUAUGGGCAAUCUUCGAUACCUCAAGGUAUAUGAUUCUUGUUGUUCAAGGCACUGUAAACCUGACUGUAAAUUAUACUUUCCGGAUGGGCUUAGUUUCCCAUUGGAAAAGAUCCGAUAUCUCCACUGGUUGAAAUUUCCAUUGAGGGAACUUCCGUCAGACAUGAGACCAGAGAAUCUUGUUGAACUUAGGCUUCCUUACAGCAAGAUUUCACUUGUUUGGGAAGGCGUUAGGGAGAUACCACACUUGAGGUGGGUAGAUCUAAGCCAUUCGAGUAAGUUGCUCAACUUAUCAGCACUGUCAAAGGCUGAAAAUCUUCAAAGAUUAAAUUUGGAAGGCUGCACAAGCUUGGAGGAGUUACCAUUGGAGAUUCAAAAUAUGAAGUGCCUUGUUUACUUAAAUAUGAGAGGAUGCAUACAUCUACGGUUUCUUCCGAAGAUUAAUUUAAUAUCUCUAAAGAUUCUCAUUCUCAGCGGAUGCUCAAGUCUCAAUGAAUUUCAGCUAAUUUCUGAAAGCUUAGAAUUUCUUCACCUAGAUGGAACAUCAAUCAAGAAGCUUCCUCCGACUAUCAAGAACCUCCAAAGUCUUGUCUUCCUAAACAUGAGGAACUGCAAAUUGUUGAAGUUUCUUCCCAACUGUCUUUUCCAGUUGAAAUUUAUCGAGAAGCUAAUUCUCUCAGGUUGUUCGAUGCUUAAGAAUUUACCUUAUAUCAGGCAGAGCAUGAAAAAUCUCCAGACAGGAGCAGAAGAGAUACCAAAAAUAUCAUACUUUAUUAGAUUUGAAGGCCAGGAUACUGAAUAUAUGUUAUUACCACUCUAUGAGUCGUUUUACAACUCGCCGCACAGUUUUAACAGAGUAUCAUUGCUGCAACGUUUAUGUUUGAGCGGGAAUGAGUUUGUCAGCAUGCAAACUAACAUCGGAAAAUUAUAUCACCUCAAAUGGCCUGAUGUGAAGCAUUGCAAGAAGCUGAGAUUUAUUCCUGUGCUUCCAUCAAGACUUGAAUACUUUCAUGCAGAUGGCUGUGAUUCUUUGGAAAAAGUUGCAAAUCCGCUGGCUUUUCCAGUGGCGACGGAGCAGAUCCAUGCCACAUUCAAUUUUUCCAACUGCAACAAGCUUGAUCUAGACGCAAAAGAUCGCAUAAUCUAUUAUACUCGACGGAAAAUACAGUUAGUGCUAGAUGUACUCUCUCAAUACCAUGAGGGCAUUGCUUCAGAAGCUUUGAUUGUAACGUGCUUUCCUAGUUGGGAAGUACCCCUAUGGUUUAGUCACUGAGCAUUUGGAUCAGUGUUAAAAUCAAAUCUGCCUCCACAUUGGUGUGACAACAGGUUUACUGGGAUAGCUCUUUGUGCUGUUAUCCAGUUUCCUUGUUACAAUGACCACAGUAAUCUCUCUGUGAAAUGUAACGGUGCGUUCAAGAAUGAAGAGGAAAAUAAGCUUCCCUUUAGUUGCACUAUUGGAGUUCGGAGAGCGAAUCAAAGAACAAACUGCACAAAGUUGAGUCGUCUCAUGUUUUUAUUGGCUUUGUUUGUAGAUCGGAUGUCAACAAAGAAGAGGAAAGAUGCGCAUUUAAUGAAAUUUCACUCGAGUUUCAAGUGAUAGAAGUGUGACUUUAAUUUGGUAUAUGCACCAGAAGAAAGGGAGAACAUAUGUUGGGAUGAAACGACUGUUGCAACGGUAGUUAGUGUUGUGAACAUCCCUGGCGAAGCACCAAAACUACUUGAAAAGUCCCGGAGUGAUAGUGAUAUCCAGUAUCAGUCAGACUAUUGUCUAGCAGAAGCAAAAUCUUAUGGAAACUUGAGAAGGAAUAAUAAUAACGUCAUAUACCAGUCUUCCCACAGUUUGAAUCCAGAGAGAGCCAAUAACGUUCUAGGUGAAGUCACUCAUCUUGGAAAGUUCCGAAGGAAUAAGAUUGACUAUAGUCAAAUCCCAAAGAGGGUCAUCACGUAGCAAGAUGCAUGCAUGCAGAGUCCUCUCGAAUUCGGAGCAAGACAAUAACCAGGCCUGUCGAUGGAGAAAUCCCAUAGAGGAGUAAGGAGGAAACUUAAGUUCAAAAAAAAAAAAAAGUAAGGAGGAAACUUGCAGAGAAAUGAGGUGACGACAGACUCAAACUAAUCCGGAGUAGCAAAGAAGUUAAACUUAAAGUAAACUCCACUGUAAAUACAAGUAUCAGUAAAAAUAUCAACUGCGACAAAGAAAAACAGCAAAAUUAACAUAAAUAAAUGUAAAUAAUAAACGUAAAGUUCGAGUACAAAACAAGAGGAGUAAGAUGAGAAAAAGAACAACACAUUCUUAUCAGUUAUCACACUGAUAUACUACUACGUCCAAACUCAUUUCUGUUUUUACUGUUAUUGAACGCUUAUAAACUGAAAUAUUAAACUCAUUGUUGGCACUAAUUAUUGAACCAUAAAAUCACUACUACGGUUUUGAUUAACAGUUGUGGGUUUUAGAGAAAAAAUACUUUUAUUGAUAGCUCAAAGAUAAAACGAUUACAAGAGAUGGUUUAACCGAGA